AACAAUCUCAACCACAUGUAACCACCGUUCAGUAAUGAAAAGUACAGAAUGGUUAAAUGUGGCGUCAGGUUGGGAGGUCAUGGUAUUGACUCGACCAAGCAACCACCGAAAACUGUUUACCUUUGCCGAUCUAUGCAGGGGAGGAGGCAUGUGAUCGGAUGUGUUGCUGAAAACAGGCUUUCCUUGGGUCUCUGCUGAAAGCCCCUAAAACGUUACUAAGAGCUGCCAUUGAUGUCAUAUUAGGGCUGGAACUAUGGAGUCAUCCUCUGAUGAAGAGGAGGUGCGGACUUUCACCAAAGUCCUCAGUGAAAAGUACAACCCAGAGAAUUUCCCAUAUGGCCAAGGCAUAGGAGUUGUUGUUCUGCCCAGCGCUCCCGGAUCUCCUGUUAAAGAUCGCCUCUUCUUGCCCAGUGUAUUAGUUCUGAGUGAUCGUGGAAUCAGUAAAGCCGGGGAGAAGUUAGACAUUGCAGCUUUCUGUGCCCAUGUGGUAGAACUGGACCUGUCCUGCAAUCAACUUAACGACUGGGGAGAGAUCAGUACUAUUGUUUCCACCAUCCCAAAUCUGGACUUCCUCAAUCUGAGCAUGAACCCUCUGAGUGGCGUGGCACUAGAGCCCAGUACGGCUGAGGUCUUUUCCAGGAUCAGACGACUUGUCCUCAUAAACACACGCGUCAGCUGGGACACGGUGCACACGCUCCUACAACAUACCCCAGAGCUGGAGGAGCUUUUCCUGUGCCUAAAUGGCUAUAACACUGUGUCGGAAUCCCAGACGUGCUGUUCGUCUCUACGCCUGUUGCAGAUUACAGACAACCAGCUGCGGGAUUGGGCAGAAGUGAGAAAGUUUGGGCUGAUGUUCCCCAGUCUGAGUGUGCUGGUGCUGGCCAAUAAUGGUUUGGAUUCUGUGGGAGACACUCGGGAAAACCUGCAGCACCUCUUCCCCAACCUGCACAGCAUCAACCUCAACAACUCAGGGCUUAGUAAAUGGGAGGACAUUGAAAGGCUGAAUUUCUUCCCUAAGCUGGAGGAAGUCAAAGCAAAGGGAAUUCCUUUAUUGCAGCCUUAUUCCACCCAGGAGAGACGUAGCCUCCUUUUAGCACGCCUGCCAUCAGUAGUGGUGUUGAAUGGGAGUGCAGUGUCUAAUGGGGAGAGAGAGGAUGCAGAGAGGUUCUUCGUAAGGUAUUACCAGGAAGGCACGGAACGGGAGCUUUCUGAGAGGUACCACAUCCUUGUAUCCAAGUACGGUCACCUGGCUCCGCUGGCAGAGGUGGACCUCACUCCCCGAUGUACCAUGGUGGAUGUUCGCUGGGGCGAGAGGGUGGAGGCCAUCAGCCUCAGUUUGGAGCAGACCGUGGGUGAACUGAAGAAACAACUUAGGGACCUGCUGCAGCUGCCCUCUAAUGGGAUCAGGCUCUUCUACAUCGACCGGGAGAUGGGUUCAGUCUUUGGGCCUGAGGAGUUGAAGUGCGGCUUCCGGGCCCUUCACUCUUACAGCAUCCGAGAUGGGGGCGAGAUUCUAGUAGUGCCCAAAGACAAAAGCUGCAGCAGCUCCUCUUUGAGUCAGGAGGCAUAAAUAAUGAGCACUUACUGGAUACUAAGCUUUGACUUGAGCCUUAUUGGAUUUAAAAAAAUAUAUGAAUUUAAAGAUGUUUGCUGUCCAUCGUGCUGAACACAUUUAUACAAUAGUAGAUUUGCACAUUGAGGGCGGCUGUGACUCAGGAGGUAGAGUGGGUCGUUUCCUAACUGGAGGAUUAGCAGUUCGAUUCCCGGCUUGUCCAGUCAAC